CACUUAACCCAAGCGGGGGAGAGUCCCGGAUGUUGGCUCGGCCGCCGAGAGAAAGGCGAACGGGAGAAGGCGGAGAGAGAAACUGAGGAGGGACACCACGGCACGGCAGGCACACCGGCGAAGCUACGGCGGCUCUUUGCACAGGACGACAACGUCAAGAGCACAGGAGACUCCUGGAGGGGGACCCCGCUAACCGAAGAAGAGGAGGUGCAAGGACGGGGAGACAGUUACUCUGAAACUACCGUGAGGAUUACACAGAGCCCGCGUCACAGCAGCUUUCACCCAGAAGUUGACUCACAGAAGAUGCUAUGCUGAUGUCCUAAGCUGAGGGCGCCCUGACUUCAUCGGCACUCAUCCCCAUUUGUUAUUCAACACCUGGCCCGCACUCCAUCGAUCGCAAACUACCAACAGCAACCACAGCAACCGCCACCUUUUCCCCGCCCCCUCCCGCCCAGCCUGCCGUCACAAUGACGUCGGAGCUGGAGAGCAGCCUGACCUCCAUGGAUUGGCUUCCUCAGCUGACCAUGCAGGCAGCCAUCCGCAAGGCUGAUGCCCAGAAUGCCCACGGGCCAGGCAUGGGCAAGAAGAGCUCCCUGCUGGAUCCUAACACCACGCUGGACCAGGAGGAGGUGCAGCAGCACAAGGACGGGAAGCCUCCCUACAGCUACGCCAGCCUCAUCACAUUUGCUAUCAACAGCUCGCCAAAGAAGAAGAUGACGCUGAGCGAGAUCUACCAGUGGAUCUGUGAUAACUUUCCCUACUACAGAGAGGCGGGCAGUGGCUGGAAGAACUCAAUACGGCACAAUCUGUCAUUGAACAAGUGUUUUCUCAAAGUGCCUCGCUCCAAAGAUGACCCAGGAAAGGGCUCUUACUGGGCCAUCGACACCAACCCAAAGGAGGACGCUUUGCCUACACGGCCAAAGAAAAGGCCGCGGUCUGGAGAGCGGGCUUCUACGCCGUACAGCCUGGAGUCAGAGUCUUUGGGGAUGGAGUGUAUGAUCUCUGGAAGUGCCUCUCCAACGCUGGCAAUCAACACUGUGACUAACAAGGUGGCGUUGUACAACACAGACCAAGAAGGGAGCGACAGUCCAAGAAGCAGCCUUAACAACAGCCUGUCUGACCAGAGUCUGGCCUCUGUCAAUCUCAACAGUGUGGGCAGUGUGCACAGCUAUACACCGGUGACCAGUCACCCAGAGCCCGUGUCCCAGUCUAUGAGCCUCCAGCAGCCCCCCCAGUCCCAGUACAACAUGCCAGACAGGGACAAGCAGCUCCUGUUCUCAGAAUUUGAAGAUCUCAGUGCCUCCUUCCGCAGCCUUUACAAGUCUGUUUUUGAGCAGUCCUUCAGCCAACAAGGUCUGAUGGGCAUACCGUCAGAGUCCUCCCAGCAGACCCACACCUCCUGCUCCUAUCAGCACUCACCCAGUGGCACCAUUAGCACUCAGAACAACCUGUCCAACAACCAACCCAACAACCACCCCAACAGCCACACCGGCAACAGUGGCCAAGUACCCUUGUCCCAUCCUGCCCAAGCCCACCCUGGCCACGGCUCGCCCCACACACAGCACCUAUCGCAGCACGGCGGCCCCCACAACCAACACGCCCAGCACAGCCAACACAGCCAGCACCCGCAGCACCAACAGCACUCCCAGCACCCGCAGCACGCUGCACACUCCCAGCACGGGCAGCACCCGUCGCAGCAUCCGUCCCACGGCCAGCACCCGCAGCAGCACACGCCGCACCCCUCCCAACAUUCGCAGCACAGCCAGCACCCUUCUCAACACGGACAGCAGCACCAGAGCCUCUCCCACCAGCCCCAUCCUACCCAGCAACAGAUGGCCUGCAACACAGGUUUACUGUCUGACUGGUACCCAAAUCUGGACGCACUGAAAGAAAGCUGUCGUAUUGCUAGCAGCUAUAACUGGGCUGAUGUCGACCUUUCACCUUUCCAAGGGUUGAGAGAGAGUAUGAGACAAGCGGAGUUGAACAACUGGUCUCUGGAACCGACCCAGAUCGCAGACCUCUGCUCAUCCAUCAACCAGUUUUUUGCCCGCACCGGUGUAAUCCAGCCACAGGGGGCAGUGCAGCCUCCUGUCUGCCACGGCACCAUGCACACCAACAAACCCAACCAGCACCUCAACACAGGAAAUCUCUACAUGGACUCCAGACAAAGCAUGCCCAUGAUGGGUCCUCCAGCAUAUCCCCACAUGCCCCCUAUGAGCAGCGCAGGACCCACUAUGACAGGACACCAUGCACAGAUGAACCAGCAGCACAUGAUACCUACCAGAAACUUCCCAAUGCAUCGCAUGCAACCUGACGACAUCCAGGAUGAUUUUGAUUGGGACUCCAUUGUCUAGCCCCCAGAGCUUCUUUUUUUUUUUUUUUUUUUUUUUUUUUUUGCAAAACAGAUGGGAGCGAGGAGAGGAGGUGGAAGCCGGAGGAAGCCAGGCUCAGCUGAAAGGCCGCAGGUGGAUGAGGCCACUGUGGGUGGGAUGCAGAAGAACAUUUGACGAAAGCUUCGGAGAAAUGCAGACUUCAGAAUCCUGACAAUUUUACAAAAGCAAAACAUAACUAGAAAAUGUUACUUUGAAGACAAUCAUAUUUAGUCGGACAUGUUAAAGUGAUUGCUUAAAAACUUGUCUAGAGACGAGUAGACUCGUUCACGUCUAAACCACAUGCUCCUCAGCUCCUCAGCUCCUCAGCUAGCCCUCUCUCCCCGUCCCUAGUGAGCAGCCUUCCAAAGUCCAAACCCCCUCUCCCCACCCGCCCGCCCCCCCGCCCCCCGCGCCGUAACUGUUAUGUGAUUUGAGCGACAUGUUCAGCUUGUAAUUCUUCUCGUGUUGACAUUGGCCUCAGCUGCCUCUUGGAUGAGUUAUCUCCCUUUUUUUAAAGAUUUAUUUUUUAUUUUUUAUUUCUAAGAAACACGGGCUGUCUCUGUGAGUGAUAUGGUGGUGCUCGUUGUUCACUUUUUGGGAGGAAGCCCCACUGUGGCAGAUAUUGGUGGUAAAGUUAGGUUUACACAAAAAAAAACAAACAAAAAAAAACCUGAGGUUUUGAACAGGGUGUUAAAUGUUUAGGCAGGCUUCAUAAGAAACAAACCAGGAGGGAGAGCACAGAAAGCAUAUCGGUCUGUUAUUAUAGCCAACCAGUGUGACCAGGCUCACUGCAAUAGUUAUGGGAGUGCAGCGACUUUCUCUCUAAGUUCUCUCCAGUUUUUCACGAUGAAUGAGUGUGAUGUGAGUGAGUAGAAGAUGAGAGUGAGGAAGUCAGACAUUCGAGCCUCGUUAAUUCAUUCAGUUUGAAGAUAAAUUUUAAUGAUCGUUCAACAAAAUAUCAUGGAAAAGAAUGUUAUGUGCAAUAGUGUGACUGACACAUUGUGUUUCCAUUGCACAGUUUGUGGACCACAGAGCACCGAGAGAGCAUCAGCUGAUGUUACUUACACCGAUCAGCCACAACGUUAUGACCACUGACAGGAGUAAAUAUAUGACCGUCUUGUGACAAUUGAAUGCUCUGCUGGGAAACGUUUGGACCUGGUAUUAGUGUGGAUGUUACUUAGACAUGUA